AUGGAUCUGAGAUUGGAGUCUGUGGCUGUUCAUAACUUCAAGAGCUACAGAGGAACGCACGUCGUGGAUGGGCUGGACCCUGGGUUUACAGCAAUAGUUGGGCCGAACGGGUCGGGCAAGAGCAACAUCAUUGAUGGAAUCCUGUUUGUGCUUGGAUUCCGUGCAAAGAAGAUGCGCCAUUCGUCCUUGAGGGAGCUGAUAUACAGUGGAGAUCACAGGGAAGACAUGUGCUAUGUGGAGCUGAAGUUCAACAAGUUUACGAUCAGAAGAGAAGUGUACCAGUCGCGGAAGUCGAGGUAUCUUGUUGAUGGAGACGAGAGGAGCGCUGUGGAGGUGGCAGGGUUGUUGAGCAGCGAGGGUGUUGACAUGGAGCACAACAGGUUUCUGAUAUUGCAGGGGGAGAUUGAGAGCAUUGCAAUGAUGAAGCCUGCGAAUGAAGGGCUGCUUGAGUAUAUGGAGGAUGUGAUUGGGACAAGCAGAUACAAGGCUGAUAUUGAGGAUGGCGAGGAGGAGAUGAAGAAGUGCCUGGAUGAGUAUGAGGGAAAGGCAGCGAUGCUGGGGUUUUAUACGAAGGAGUAUGAGCAUGCGGAGGGGAGAAGGCAGGAAGGGAUGAAAGCAGUUGAGGAAAGACUGAAGUAUCUGUGCCACAGCAGAGACUUGCACGUUCUAGAUGCAGAGGCUGGACGAAGAAGAAUUGCAAGACUGCAGAUGGAGAAGGAGAAAGUGCGGGGUGCAAUUGAGCAUCUCGGGAUCAGAAUUGCAGAGAACAAGGCGAUGCUGAGCAAUAUGGAGAGGGAUGUAGCAAAUGCAAGCAGUAAGACACGAGAUGCCGAGUGCAGGUAUAUAGAAACGAGAAGAAAGUAUCAGAAGGAGGAAAGGGAGAAUAUGAUACUUGAAGAAGAGAAGGCAAUGCUACAGAAACGAGUUGUUGGACUGAACAGCGAAAUUGAGGAGGCAAAGAAGAUGGAUGGGAUUAUACAGAUGAAAGAGGCCGAGUAUAAGACCGAGAUGGGGAAUAACGAGAUGGAGAUUCGGAGCUGUGGAGAAGAAGCAAGCCUGAUAAGGAAGGAGAUUCAAGAAGAGCAUCACAAAGUAGAGAGGAUCUCCAGAGAAAAGAUCGAAAGGAUAAAAGAGGCAGAAGCUUGCCUGUUGCAGGCACUGAAGAAAAAAGACGAAGUGUGUGGGGUGUUUAGGAGAUAUGAGGAGCGGAUUGAGCAGCUAGGGUAUCGUAAGCGUGAUUUUGAGCAAAAGAUCAAAGACAUUGAUGCAAGAAUGGAGAAGAUUGAAGGGUGCAGAGCGAGUGGAAGCAAGGAAGAAUUGCAAGUGAAGGCAGAGAUAGAAGAAGUGGAGAGGGACAUUGAGAAAACACGAAGAGAGAUUGGAAAGAGGAUGCAGAGGGCAUCGGAGUACAAGGAGAAUGUGGAGAGCGAAAGCAAAGAAAAGGAGAUUUUUGAAAAGAUAAAGGAUAUUCCUGGGGUGCAUGGAAGGCUUCGUGAUCUUGGAAGUGUUGAUGUGAAGUAUGCUAGGGCUUUGUUUGCAGCAGGAAAGGGGCUUGGAGGAAUUGUUGUUGAUACCACAAGCACUGCAGAGAGGUGUGUGGCAGAGAUAAAGAGAUCUGGCGUUGGAAGAGGAGUGUUUAUGAUUGUUGAUAGGAUGGGAGAGGUGCCUAUGCUUAGAGACGAAGGCGUUCCGUACAUGUACUCGCUUGUUGAAUGCAGCGAAGAGUUUAGGAAGUGUUUUUACUUUGUGAUGAAGGACACAGUUGUUUGUGAGGAUCUUGAGGUUGCGGAGCGGAUUGCGUUUGGAAGGCAGCGGCGAAGGGUGGUUACGCUUGAUGGGAAGCUGAUUGAGAAGAGCGGCGUGAUGAGUGGAGGGAGGCGAGGAGGACGAGCAAAGGAGAUUGGGGAUCUUGAGCAGGCGUGUGAGAAGAUGAAUGAGCUGAGAAGCAAGUUGAUUGGAGAGCUUUGUGGCAUUAGAAAUGCGAAGGAACGAGAAAUGCUUGAAAGGCAGCGCAAAAGGUAUGUUGCAGAGAGCGAGAUUGUGUGUAGAGAAAUGGAGAAUGUUGGUGGAGUUGAUGAAAGGAGGGAAGUCGAGCUUGCUGAUUCAGAGGUGGAAUGUAUCAAGAAGAGCAUCUGUGUGCUGAGGAAAGAAGUGGAAGGUCUGAUGCCUGAGCAUGUGGUGAGGAAGAAAGAACGGCUGAUUAUGUUGAAUUCAAAGAUUGAGGGGCAUGAAAGGAGGAAUGUUGAACUGAGGAUGUGGAUGUCUGAGAUGGAAGAAGGGCAUGCAGUAGAUAAGGAAGAAGAGAUGAGGAGAAUUAAGAAGCGGAUUUGCGAGAUAAAGCCAAAGGAUGUUUGUGAGAUCAGAAGUAGUAUGCAGAAGAGUCAAGAUGAGUACAAUUGCUGUGUUGCAGAGCAGAGAAGGCUGGAGGAAGAGGUGAGUGCGCUGCGUAUGGAGAUAAAGAGUGGAUAUGACACUGAGAUUAAGCUGAAGAAUAUGAUGGAGGGUAUAGUGGAUGGGAUUGAGGAUAGUGCAAGGCAAGUGAGUGGAGGAGAAGAAUGCGCAGGUAGAAUCUGUUCUGAGAUGAAAAUGUAUGGGGAAGUGAUUGGCAGUAGUGUAGAGCCGCUGGGUGGAGUGGAUAUGAUGGAUGACGAGAGUGUUGAAAGGAUGAGGAAGAAGCUAGGAGGCAUGGUUAUGAAGAUGAAGGGAGUGGUGGCGAAUGAAAUAGAUUGUGAGGUGUUUAGGGAGUAUGAGGGUGCCAAGCAUGAGUAUAUGAAAGCAAGAGAUGAGUGUGAUGGCAUGAAGAAGAAGAUGGAAGGAAUAAGGAAUAGGAUUGAAGGGCUGAAGAAAAGAAGACUGGAUGAGUUUACUGAUGGCUUGAAGCAGAUAUCGACGAGUUUGAAAGAGAUAUACAAGGAAAUAACGUAUGGAGGGAAUGCAGAGCUAGAAUUGGUUGACCAUCUUGAUCCGUUUAGUGAAGGAGUUAUGCUGAGUGUAAUGCCACCUAAGAAGAGCUGGAAGAGUGUUAGUAAGCUUAGCGGGGGAGAGAAGACGCUCAGCAGUCUUGCACUGAUUUUUGCAUUGCAUAGAUACAAGCCAUCUCCGUUCUAUGUGAUGGAUGAGAUUGAUGCGGCACUUGACUAUAGGAAUGUGAGUGUGGUUGCGAACUACAUAAAGGAGAUGUCAACAACUGCGCAGUUUGUUGUGAUAAGCCUGAGGAGCGACAUGUUUGAGCUUAGCGACACGCUGGUGGGAGUGUACAAGACAGAGAAUGUAUCGAGGUUCUUGGUUGUCGAUGUUGGGAAGCUGAGGACUAGCUGA